AUGGGUUCCACUGGCACGGCGUCCAUUGAAACCAAAAAUCUCUUCGAUGUUUCUGGACUCGUCGCUGUGAUUACUGGUGGAGGUUCUGAGUUAGCAAUUGAUGAUCAUAUUUACGACUACCAUGCAGGAAUUGGUCGUAUGAUCACUCGUGCUCUUGCCGCAAAUGGGGCACAUAGAGUUUAUAUUAUUGGUCGUCGCGUAAGCGUUCUGGAAGAGACGGCCGCACCUUUCCCCGAUGUUGUCAAGACUUUGGAGUGCGAUGUAACCUCGAAAGAAUCGCUCCAGGCCGCUGCCGACCGUAUCCGUAGUGAGGUUGGAUAUGUCAACCUUCUGUGGUGUAACUCAGGAACUUCUGGGCCAGAAUCUAAGACCCUAAACAACAAUUCUUCGCUAGACGAGUUUAUUGAAGAGAAUUGGAAACACUCCGUGGAUGAGUACGCAGACACGUUCAAAAUCAACACCGCCGGAUUUUGGUACACUUCUCUUGCUUUCCUCAAGCUUCUUGAUGCUGGUAAUCGCCAGAAGAAUGUAAACUUCAGCAGUCAAAUCGUCGGCACCUGCAGUACGCUUGGCUUUGGAAGAUUUGCUCCAACUGGACGCUUCGCGUAUGGUCAAAGCAAGGCGUCGCAGCAGCACAUGAUGAAACAGCUUUCCACACACAUGGUUCCAUACGGGAUUCGAGUGAACUCCAUUGCUCCAGGACUGUUUCCGACUGAUAUGACUUCAGCUAUGACUACUAGUGGUUAUGACCCUGCAAAAUUGAUUCCAGAAAAGAGAGCUGGCGAAGAAACUGACAUUGCUGGCGUGGCCUUAUUUUUGGCUAGUAAAGCUGGCUCGUAUCUCAAUGGAAAUGUGCUGGUAUGCGAUGGUGGACGAUUAUCAAUUGUACCUUCGACGUACUGA